UUAAAACUUUUGAGAUAGGUACCAGUUUUUAAAUAUUUAUAUAUUUUUAUAAUAUUAUUUAAUUAAUUUUUGUGGUACACAUUGUUCUUUCUUCCGACUUCGUUAUUUUGAAUCCUGUUAACAGCAAUUUUCUAUGUAGUGAUCACUUAUGUUUGAUUAGCGAUUACAAUAUUAUUAUAUAUAAUUACAAAAAUAAUAAAUAUUUAGUUAAAACAUUUCGUAAGGAAUUAUACUAUAACCUUAUUAUUAAAAUCGUUUAUAUUUAAUAUGAUAUAAUAUCAUAUAUUUUUAAAUUAUCAACGCCAGUAUAAACAUUUGACAAAACAAAGCAUGAUUUUGUUUAAAACUGCUUUUCAACAAAAGCUGCUCAAUUCCUUGUGUGCUCGUUAUUUUUGGUCAAAAUCUAAACAGACCUAUGGAGUGUACGAUAUAGUGAGUUUAGGUGAUGUAAGUCCACCAAGAGCAGUGCCACAAUAUUUAACGUUACCUUCAUAUGCUGAAACAGGAAUUGUUACGGAUGAACCGGAAUCAAAUGAUGAUUGUUCUCCAGAGAUAAAAACCAAAGGCCAAAUUGAAAUGAUGAGACAAAGCUGUAAGUUAGCUAAGUUUGUAUUGGACAGUGCCCGCAGUCAAAUCAAAACUGGUAUCACUACUGAUGAAAUCGACGAGUUUGUACAUGACUUAAUUAUUAAUAAUAACGCCUAUCCGUCACCUCUAAACUAUAAGGGUUUUAUGAAAUCUGUAUGCACUUCAAUAAAUAACAUUUUGUGCCAUGGUGUACCUGAUAAUCGACCACUUCAUGAUGGUGAUAUCAUAUCUGUUGAUGUUUCAGUCUAUUUAAACGGAUUUCAUGGAGAUUGUGCUGCAACAUAUUGUGUUGGCGAUGUAGAUGAACAAGGCAAAAAGUUAGUAAGCAUAGCAGAACAAUGUAUGUAUAAUGGUAUCAACGUAUGUAAACCAGGGAAAAGUUUCUCAGAAAUUAGCAAAGCCAUUGAAUUGUAUGCUUAUAACAAUGAACACAGAGUUAUUCCUUGUAUAACUGGCCAUGGAAUAGGUACAUUUUUUCAUGGGCCUCCCACAAUUUUUCAUACCACUCAGAACACAUACCCAGGUUUAAUGGAGCCUGGUAUGAUAUUCACUAUCGAACCAGUAGUUAUUCAAGGAACUAGUAGCGAUAUAGCUAUAUUAGAUGACGGAUGGAGUAUUGCAACAUUAGAUGAUUCAAGAGGAGCUCAAUUUGAACAUACUGUUUUAAUUACUGAAAAUGGCUGUGAUAUUUUAACUGUUUAAAAUAAUAUCCCUAAUGGAUUAGAAGACGAGUAUUUAAUAAUUAAUAUUACAAUAAUGCUAAUAUUGUUAUGGUCAGAUCAUUUUAAUAAUUUAGAAAGUUACUUAUAUUUGUAUAACUAUUACUUGUGUACAUUGUGUUAUAAGUAUUCAAUAAAAAGUAAAAACCAUGUCAAAAUUGUAA